AUGGCCAUGCCAUCUUCGCUGGAGGUGUUGAAGAACACGCUUGAGGAGAUUGUCAAGAACCCGCAAUACCAUGAUCUAUUAUCGCUGGUUAAGACGGCGCGCAAUGGUAUCAUUUACGGAACCAAAGUGCGGUUUCCCCACGCACUGGUGAUGGUCUUCCUCUUCCGCUCCGGAACAUUCCGCGAAAAGGUCAAGCUAGUCCUUCGAGCGACAAGACAUCAUGCGACAAACUUGGCGCGCUUCGCUACCAUUUAUAAGCUGACAAUGUUGGCGCUCAAAUACUUUGGCGCAGAGCCUGGAAAGGAGGGUACAUACGACUCCUUCGUAGGCGGUCUUGUCGGCGGUUACUUUGUCUUUGGCGGUCGAUCGAAGCGCACGGGAAAGAUCUCAUCAGUCAACCAGCAGAUCGUCAUCUACGUCUUUGCGCGCGUAGUGCUCGCCCUCGCACGCAUCGCCGUCAAGCCCGGAGCUGGCUUACCAGUCGUGUCGUCUGAGCCUCUCCACAGCACCAUCAACCAUUACGCCUGGCCAGCCUUCGCCUCUCUGUCGUGGGCCAUGGUCAUGCUAAUCUUCCGCUACCAUCCUGAGGAUCUACAGUCGAGCUUGAGAGGCAGUAUGACAUAUAUCUACAAGGACUGCAACGAAUUCGACUCGCUUCGAACUCUGCUCUGGGUGAACAAAUAG